GGCCGGUCCCCUAAGCACCGGCACCCGGGCGGAAGCGGCUGGCGUGGCCGCGCAGGAAGCCGGGACCGGAACCUUGGCCGGCCGGGCCCCACCCCGCUCACCUGCGCAGGUAGCCAGCACCCUCGGAACUCAGUCGCGCGCGGUGAAGGUGACCCCCCUGGGGAGGAGGGCGACGGCCCUCGGGAGGACCAUGGCCGGCGCCCGCGUCCUCCAGGUCCGCAUUCGUGUGGUGGCCGUGUGGCUCGUGGGCGCGCUCAGCCUCCAGGGUACCGCGGCCGGGCUGCCGCCCGAGCCUCCCGGCCUGGCUGCCGGAGCCGCCGCCUGCCUCGACCGCUUUACCCCCGGGGUCCCCGACUUCGUGCUGGACACCGAUGCCUCGGUGGGCAACGGGGCCACCUUCCUGGGCUCCCCGACGGUGCUCCGGGGCUGGGACUGCGUGCGCGCUUGCUGCAACACCCCCACCUGCAACUUGGCGCUGGUGGAGCUUCAGCCCGACGGCGGGGAGGACGCGGCCGCCUCCUGCUUCCUCAUCAACUGCCUGUACGAGCAGAGCUUCGUAUGCAAGUUCGCGCCCCGGGAAGGUUACGCCAACUACCUGACGCGGGAGGUUUACCGCUCCUACCGCGAGCUGCGGACCCAGGGCUUCGGAGGAUCCAGGAUUCCGAAGGCCUGGGCUGGCCUUGACUUGAAGGUGCAGCCCCAGGAACCCCUGGAGCUGAAAGGGGUGGACAACAUGGAUUGGCGCCUGCUGCAGGAUGACCCAGCCGUCAGGAUUGAGAAGAAAGACCCGGACCAGGUGCAGCUGUGGGGACUCAAGGAAGGCACCUACCUGUUCCAGCUGACAGUGCCCAGCGCAGAGCAGCCCGACACCCCAUCCAACAUCACCAUCACGGUGCUGUCUGCCAAGCAGACGGAAGAAUACUGCCUGGCGGCCAGCAAGGUGGGCCGCUGCCGUGGCUCCUUUCCCCGCUGGUACUAUGACCCCAAAGAUCAGCUCUGCAAGAGUUUUACUUACGGAGGUUGUUUGGGCAACAAGAACAACUACCUGCGGGAAGAAGAGUGCAGGCUGGCCUGCCGCAAUGUGCAAGGCCCUUCAACGGAAAGGCAUCUUCCAGCAGUGUGUUCUACCCUCUGUAAAACCACCGAGUUCCGCUGCAACGAUGGCUGCUGCAUCGACAGCUUCCUGGAGUGUGACGACACCCCUGACUGCCCUGAUGCCUCUGAUGAGGCCGCCUGCGAAAAAUAUGCCAGUGGCUUCGAGGAGCUGCAGAGCAUCCCUUUCGCCAGUGACAAAGGGCACUGCGUGGACCUGCCAUACACGGGGCUGUGCAGUGAGAGCAUCCCCCGCUGGUACUACAACCCCUUCAGUGAGAGCUGCGAACGUUUUACCUACGGCGGUUGUCAAGGCAAUCAGAACAACUUUGAGGAGGAGCACCAGUGCCUUGAGUCCUGUAGGGGCAUCUCUAAAAAGGAUGUGUUUGGCCUGCGGCGGGAAAACCCCAUUCCCUCUGUGGGCUCUGUGGAGGUGGCCAUUGGGGUGCUCCUGGCCACCUGCAUCGUGGUGGUGCUCGCCAUUCUGGGUUACUGCUUCUUCAAGAACCAGAAAAAGGGUUUCCACAGACAUCGCCACCGCCGCCACCACGCCCCGCCCUCCACUCCAGCCAGCUCCACCAUCUCUACCACUGAGGACAUGGAACAUCUGGUCUAUAACCACACCACACGGCCCCUCUGAGCCAGGGGCUGCCUUGCCCGGCAGCCUGGAGUGCUUGAGCUGUCACCUGGCCCGACUUUCUCCUCGCCAUGACCUGGGCUGGAGAAGACUUAGGGACCAUGCACCUGGGGCCUGUUUCCCAGGCCCACUUUGCUUCAGGGGGUCAGGUCGCCAGCCCCUUUUGGGGGCAGAUCUCAGCUAAAAUCAGGCCUCUCCUUCUUGAGAAAGGACCUGGGUCUGGGAGCUGCAGAAAAACCUCUGAUCCGGGAGUCACAGCAGAGCUGGACCUACCUACCCACUUCGAUUUCAGAGGAAGUUGUGAAGUUUUACUCCUGGUCAGAGCUGCCUGCCUUCCUGCCUUGGCCUUGGGGAGGGGCCAGUGCACUGCAAGCUAGAGGCCUUCUCUGUCCUCCCCACUGCCCUCCCACUCUGCACAGGCUGGGUCGGGGCAGGGGCCCCCUGUAUAUUUUGCGCUGUACAGAGUUAUGUUUAUUUAAUGCUGCGAAAGUGGGUGAAAGGAAUGGAAAGUGGUUGCAUAUUGAAUGUGUGCUGCCGCCUCCUCCUGUCCCCAUGAGUGAGCCCCUUCCUGGCAGGGCUUGCUCCCCAGAACCCA